CGAUGAAGGGCCGGCGACGGUGGCGAGGCGAACAUCGCCGCUUCGCCGCGGUGCUGGUGCUGUACACGCUGCUGCUGCUCCUGCUGGUGCCCUACGCGCUGGACUACGGGACCAGGCGCGGGCGAGCGGACGAGGAGCCGCUGCUGCGGCGCUGCCCGAGCCUGGAGGAGGCGCUGAGUGAGUGGGGCUGGGAGCAGCGGCCGCCGCUGGACGAGGAAGAGGAGGAGGAUGAGGCGGGCACGGCCGGGGCGGCGGGUAACGGCAGCGCGGGGAAGCGGCACAUCUACCUGCACGCUACCUGGCGAACGGGAUCAUCUUUCCUCGGGGAGCUCUUCAACCAGCACCCCGACGUCUUCUACCUGUACGAGCCCAUGUGGCACCUUUGGCAGGCGCUCUACCCGGGGGACGCGCUGAGCCUGCAGGGAGCCCUCCGCGACAUGCUGCGCGCCCUCUUCCGAUGCGAUUUCUCCGUCCUGCGCCUCUACACCGCCCCGUCCGGCCCCCGCGACCCGCUGGCCCCCGCCCCGCCCGCCGCCGACAACCUCACCACGGCCAGCAUCUUUGGCUGGCGGACCAACAAGGUGAUCUGCUCGCCGCCGCUCUGCCCCGCCGCCCCGCGGCCCCGCGACGAGAUCGGCCUCGUCGACGGCGCCACAUGCGAGGAGUCGUGUCCGCCGCGGGCGCUGCGGGAGCUGGAGGCCGAGUGCCGCAAGUACCCGGUGGUGGUCAUCAAGGACGUGCGGCUGCUGGAGCUGGGCGCGCUGCUGCCAUUGUUGCGGGAGCCCGGCCUCAACCUGCGGGUGGUGCAGCUCUUCCGCGACCCCCGCGCCGUCCACAACUCCCGCCUGAAGGCGCGGCAGGCGCUGCUGCGGGAGAGCGUACAGGUGCUGCGCAGCCGCCACCGCGCCGAGCCGCGGGGCCCGGCCCGCCACCAGCAGCAGCAUCUCCUGCUGCCGCCCGGGCUGCUGGGCGGCGGGCGGCCGCCGCAGCCGCAGCACCGCGCCGAGUUCUUCCUCGGCGGCGCGCUGGAGGUGAUCUGCCAGUCUUGGCUCCGCGAUCUCCUCCUGGCCCGGCGCGCCCCGGACUGGCUCCGCCGGCGCUACACGCAGCUCCGCUACGAGGACCUGGUGCGGGAGCCCCGCGCCGAGCUGCGCCGCCUGCUGCGCUUCGCCGGGCUGACGGUGCCGCCGGCCCUGGAGGACUUCGUGGUCAACAUGACCCGCGGCGCCGCCUACUCCUCCGACCGGCCUUUCCUCAUCUCCGCCCGCGACGCGCGGGAGGCCGUGCACGCCUGGCGGGAGCGCCUCAGCCGCCAGCAGGUGCGGCAGGUGGAGGCGGCGUGCGGAGAGGCCAUGAGCAUCCUCGCCUACCCCCUCAGCGCCGGCGACGCUCGGUAGCGCCCGAGCCCCACGUCCCGGACGGGCCUGAGGGCGGACGGACAGACAAACGGACGGACGGGCGCAGUCGGGCAGAGCUGAGCGCGGGGUCACCGCUGGCAUGGUAGGCGCUCCCUCGGGGGCAGCCCCGGCUGAGGGACGCCUGCCUCGCCUCGGGUACAGGCAGCGCUGGAGGUGCAGGGCCCCAGUACCGCUGAGGCUUCAUUGUGGCUGUGUUCCUUCUGGGCUGCGUGAAGAGGGCAGGGGGGAUGUUUUGUGUACGAGAAGGGUUUGGUAAGAGGUGUCCUCCGAGUACGGCAUCACUCUUGGAGCCUUGUAGCGUGAAACCGUGAUCAUGUACAAAGCACAGGUAUGCUACAAACAAACUGCAUGAAAAUUUCAAAGUGCCCCAGGUGAAGACUCUCAGCAAGGAACUAGAGAGCCUGGAAGGUGCUCCUGUGAGAGCAUUGCUCUUCUGGAGCUCCGAAUCACACUGACCUCUGUCCUACUGCUACUGAAACACAAGAGGCUUCUGUGAAGCCGCUGCAGAGGUCAGCAGGGGCCUGGACAGCCGGGAGGGUGCCUGCUGCGGGGUAGGACUCAGCUCUGCUGCUCCAAACCUGCUCUGCAGGCAGGUCUCUGCCCCUGGUCAUUGCUGGUGCUGUAGGGAGGGGGCUGAGGGAAGGGGAACCGCGUCCAACUCUGUCCCUCAUUCUGAGAAGCAGGGUAAGUGGUCGUACAGAGAGGGUAAGCAUUUGCCUGCUUAUGUGUUUUGAAGGUGUUUGUGGCAGAAAUCUUUGCUUUUCUAAAGAAAUCUGUAAUUGUUUUGAAAGUAGGAAUUUUUUUUUUAAUAUAUAUGUAUUGACACAGUUUGGUGAUACUCAUGUGAGAUACAGGUGACUAACAUGUUUCUUUGGAACACGUGUAGGGGUGAAUGAAACUGGAAGGCAAAUGCUGGACAUUUCCGUUUUGUUUUCUCUGUCAGAUGAGAGAAUCACUUUUCUUCCCUUGCUUCCGGGCUGACACAUUGUGCCGUGCUCAGGGUCCUUCUGAUCACAUCCCUUCCAAACAAUAACAUCCUCUCAGCUGGCAACUCCUGGACAAAAGCAAAUGUUUCCUAAGAGGCUAAGACAAUUUAAUCAUGAAGUUCCCAAAUAAAAUCUUAUGUUAAAACAAACAAACAAAUGAAUCAAACAAACAAAGAAACCCCUGAGGUUUUAUUUUGUAUUCUAAAAUGACAUAUUCCUGCAGAUAUCCUGCAACUUGUGUGAGAAGAGGGUGUGUGUAUCUGCAAUUCAAGUGUAUCUGCAAUAAAAGGUGUAUACCUUUGUUUCUUAA